AUGUUUGUCCCCUUGGCCUACAACAUCAUGCAUAGCCCUCCUCCUCUUCAUCGCCCAUCUUGGGAUCAAGUUCAACAGAAGGGCGAGAAGGAGGAGAUUGAAACAAAGGACAAGCCGUUUGAGCCAGUAUCGAGGCCCACAUCGCAAGUCUUGCAGGUGGGAAGGAACUUUGGCUUCGAGAUGGUCAUCCUACAUCAGGAUGAAAGGCAACAGAUUUUCUUGGAAAGAUCAUGGAGUUGUCGACAGCGGCAGCUACAGCAACCCAACAAAGCAAACCAGAUGCUGGAGGCCUACAAUGCUGCUGGUGGAAAAGGGUCUCAAGCACCUCGCCUUGGUGAUGGGGCAAAGCUUCUUCGAGCUCCUGAGGUGUUCGACACUGACGACCCGGUGAACUACACCGAUUGGCGUGGGCAGAUCCUCAAUUGGCUCACCUUCUGCGAUGGGAGGAUCGCAACAAAGCUGUACUCAAUCUUGUCAUCGUGCUUGCAAGGACCUGCGCUACAAAUUGUUCGAGCUCAUGGUGAUCAACGAAAUCGCUUUGCAGUAUGGCAUCGAUUGAAGCAGCUCUAUGCCCUAAGAGCUCGACCUCGAGCAUUGGCCAUGGGUCAGGCCAUUAUGCAGCAUCCCAGUUUUCCUCAACAGAGAUCCAUGCUGGAGAAUUUGCUACAGUUCGAUGCGCUGUUGGAUCAGUAUGAGCUGGCAGCUGGUCAUCGCAUGCCAGAUGACUUGACAGUCAGCAUUGUCUUGCGCUGCCUGGAUGGACCCACAAGGAGACACCUUGAGAUGAUCAUGGAUGAAGGGAUGGAUUACGCAAAGCUCAAGGACAAGUUGAUCCUGUUGGACAAGAACACAAAAGCGUGGUCUGGUGACAACUUCCUGAAGAAUUUGCAGGCCUUCAACCAGCUUACGUCCUCAAAUUCUUCCAACUACCAAGGUCCAGCCCUAUGGAAGUGGAUCAGGAGCUCCCAACGAUGUUGCCAGCACUACGGGAUCUACAUCAACAAGGAGGGCAAAUACAUCUUCAACGACUUCACAGUUUUUGAGCUUAGGAGUGACCUCGAGGGUGAUGAACAAGAUGAGUGGUAUGUCAGAAUGGUCUCUGACACUUCGACUUUGUGGUUUCAACUGGAUUCUGGAGAAAAUGACCAUCCAGGUGAACUACGUUGGUCCAAUGAUCCCCUCAUGGAUUGGUACCAUGGUCUUCUUUGUACCUUGGAUUGGCGCCAGGGUGUGCACGACGAGGAUGAGAAUCUCUACAUUCGAGCUGUUCCAGCUGGUCAACUGGUGGUGCUCGAUUCAGGUGUUGAUAUUAGUCUCUUGCCCUAUCAUCUCUCUGGAUGUGGAAUUCCAAAGUCUGGUGGCGAAACAAUUUUGGAAAAUGCCCAAGGAGAACGCCUUCAAGCCUUUGGCAAGAGAUCUGCACGUGUGGAGUGCGAGGGUCUCAGCAAUGACCUGGUGGUGAUUGAGGACGACUUCAUUGUGGUCUCAGUUCAGAGUGCACUGAUAUCUAUUGGUCGACUACUACAUCGUGGGUGGAGCCUCAGGCCCAACAGCAGAGCUGGUGCAAUGGUGACUCUUGUGUCCCCUGAUGGUGAAGCUGAAGUACCCUUGGAGUUCAAACGGAACUCAAUGGCAGUUUGUGCCAGCAUUCAAGUUGUCAGUGCAAGAGAUGCCUCAUCAACAUCAACAUCAACCUCUGCAUCUAUGGCCCGACUUCCAAAGCAACCCAAACAGGUUCCUGAACCCAAGCUGGGCAAGAUCAUCGAGGAGGAAAAUGACAUGAUGGCAAUCCAGACAGUCAUCAUUCGAAAGGAGGAGUUGACGCGGCACAUCUUGAGAAGAGGUUUGAAUACAUCAAGCUCUGGAAACCCUUUUAUCGACCUACCUCAAUCCAAAGUGGGUCUACUCUCGAGCUGA